AUGUCCCACCCCCAAACAACCUUCCGCCAAACAACCUUCACAGCCCCCUCCCUCCUCCUCACCCGCCGCCUCACCGUCUCCCGCACAACAGUCCACGCCCAACUCGCCCAGCUCCGCGCAAACGGCCAGUACGACUGCUUCAAGCUCGGCUGGCACCCCAUCUACGACGACCGCUCGCGCUGGCCCGCGCCUCUGCACCUUUUCUGGGACAGCGACGUUGCGAAAUGGAUUGAGGGCGCGUGCUACUUCCUCGUGGACGAGUACGAUGUAGAAGUCGACGCCGCCGUGCGAGAGCUGGUUGCCAUGAUUCGCGGCGCGCAGCAUGAGGAUGGGUACCUUAAUGUCCAUUUCUCUGUCGUGGAGCCGGGGAAGAGGUGGACGAAUGUUCGUGAUAUGCAUGAAAUGUACAACGCCGGCCACCUCAUCGAAGCAGCCCUAGCACACAGACAAUACUACAGAAACGACCUCCUCAUGGACCCCAUCGAAAAGUACAUCUCCCACAUCCACCGCCGCUUCGGCCCAGGCAAGGACCAAGUGAGAGCCUACCCAGGCCACCCGGAAAUCGAGCUGGCCCUCUUGCGAUGCUACUCGGCAACGGGCAACACCGAAGCCUACGACCUUGCGCGCUUCUUCCUCGAGGAGCGCGGCAACCCGACGGGCCAGGACGGGAAGCACUACUACGACUGGGAAAUGGAGCGGCGCGACGAGCCGCGCUGGAAACGCCCCAAUUCGUGGCCCAUGGAUAGGUCGUACUGGUACUGCCAGGCCCACGUCCCGAUCCUCGAGCAGGAGUCUGUUGAAGGGCAUGCUGUGCGUGCAAUGUACCUGCUCACCGCAGCCGCCGACCUCUUGAAUAUCUCUCAGGGGAGCAGCACCAGCAGCACCGGCACCGGCAACAGCAUAACACCAGUUCGACCCCUGACCGCCGCUCCAGACUGGCUAGCCGCCCUCCGCCGCCUUUGGUCUAACAUGGUUGAUAAGAAAAUGUAUCUCACCGGCGGCGUCGGCGCUGUAGCGCAGUGGGAGGGUUUCGGUAUCGAUUACUUCCUCCCCCAAGGCCCCGACGAGGGGGGCUGCUACGCCGAGACGUGUGCUUCGGUGGGCGUCAUGAUGCUCGCCGAGCGCCUGCUCCACGCGGACGGGCCGGAGCCGAACGGCCGGUACGCCGACAUCAUGGAGCUGUGCUUGUAUAACAACGUUAUGACGGCCAUGAGCGCCGACGGAAAAGCCUUUACGUACGAGAACCAGCUUGCGAGCUGUGAGGCCGCGCGGAGCGAGCGGGAGGAUUGGUUUGUGUGUGCUUGUUGCCCGCCGAAUGUGACGAGGCUGUUUGGCAGCUUGGGCGGGUAUCUCUGGGAUUACGGGGGUACAAGUGAUGUUGGGGAGGGAGCGACGAAGGAGGCAUUUGUCAAUGUGCAUCUGUAUACCAGCGCCGAGGUGAAGUUUCAGGUCGGAGAGGCGGAGGUGACGUUUUCGCAAAAGUCCAACUGGCCGUGGGAGGGCAACAUUCUCUUCCAGCUCAAGGGCGCAGAGACACUCGACACAACGAUACGACUGCGCAUCCCAGCCUGGGCGACACAGCACGGCCACGUCCUCACGCCUACGCCGCCCGUGGGAACAGCCACGCUCGAGAAGGGAGGCUACCUCCGUCUAGAUCCCUCAUACACGGCCUCGAACUCAGUCUUCUCGCUCGAUGUCGGCGCCGCUAGCUUCGCGCCGCGGUACAUUGCGCCGCAUCCGUACACCAACCAGCGCACGCUCAGCCUGGCGCGAGGUCCGAUUGUGUACUGCGUCGAGGACGCUGAUCACCCGUGGGAGGAAAACCACUUCAAGGACGUGGGGAUCAAGAGGGCAACGGCCGUGGAGGAGGAGUGGAGGGUCGAUGAGAAGAGCGGAGAGGGGUAUUUCGCGUUGAAGACUAAGGGAUGGGAACGGUCGCCUGAGGUUCUCGCGAGAGGCGAGGAUGGGGUGGAGAGGGAACUUGUGUUUGUGCCGUUUUACUUUCGGUCGAAUAGGGGUGGGAAGGGGCAGAUGAGAGUUGGUUUGAGGGAUGAUGGGAGGUGA